GCGCCUUGAGCUGACGCGUAAGCAUCGAAACUUCUCACAUCCGUAGAUGUAGAUAACAGAGUAUAUUUUUUACUCUUAUUGCGUUUCAAUAAUUUUGUUACUAUUUGGUGUAUGUUAUAAAAUAACAUAUUGUUAAUUGAAAAUAUUAAGGAUGCCUAAAAUUCCAUCUGAUAAACGUCGAUAUUACGACGAAAUGAGUGACUCAAGAGGAGCAAGGUCCCGUAAUUAUUCUCGAGGACGUGCUCAAGAUUCAGACCGUGGAAGAAGUGACAGAAGGACCGAUCCUCACAGAGAUGAUAGGCCUUCCGAAGGAACUCGCGGCUACCCGCCUUCUAGACCAGGUCCAGCUCCUGGUGGUCCUCCUGCACCUAGACCGUCUACAUCAGCUGGAACUUCCAGUGGAUCCUACCAUACAACUGCACGUGGUGAACAGCAUAGGUCUGCUGAUACUCGUCCAUCGCAUUCUGAAACAGGAUCAGAAACUGCUUCCAUAGCAGGUUCUACCACAGGAGGAGAAUCAUCUACAGCUGCCAGAGGUGCAAUGCGUGGAAGGCGAGUACUUCCAGUGAACAUCAUAACAAGACCAAGAACCUUAACAACAAAACAAGGCUCACAUGGGAUGCCAGUUUCAUUGAAAGCUAAUUACUUUAAACUCUUGACUACCACGGAUUGGAGUUUAUACAAGUAUUGUGUUGAUUACAAUCCUCCAAUAGAUCAUAAUGUUAUCAAGAAAGCACUUUUGAGAGAACACAGAGAAAGGCUUGGUGCAUAUAUUUUUGAUGGAUCUCAAUUAUACACAAGUACAAGACUACCAUCGCCUCUAACUCUGACUUCAGUGCGCAAUGCUCAUGCAGGAGGUAACGGCAUAGCAGCCCGAGAGCAAGAAGUAAUUGAAAUAACCAUCAAAGAAACAGGAGAAAUGACCAAAGGAGAUCAUCAUUACCUCCAAUUCUUCAACAUUAUUAUGAGAAAAUGUUUAGACUAUCUUGAAUUAAAACUUGUUGGCAGGAAUUAUUUUGAUCCCUACAACAAAGCUGAAGUUCGAGAAUUUCGCUUAGAACUUUGGCCUGGUUACGUUACAUCGAUUCGUCAGCAUGAACAUGAAAUUCUAAUGUGUGCUGAAAUUGCGCAUAAAGUUAUGCGUAGUGAAACACUAUUAGAUGUCUUGGGAGAUUGCUACCAUAAUAACCCUCAAAAUUAUCAAAAUGCCUUUACUAAUGCAGUACUAGGAACCGUUGUUUUAACCGACUACAACAACAAUACUUACAAAAUUGAUGAUGUAGAUUAUUCUGUUAGUCCAUCUUCCACUUUUACUAAGAAAAACGGAGAAGCAAUAUCUUACUUUGAUUAUUACAGAGCAAAGUAUAAUAUUAAUAUUCAGAAUGCUAAACAGCCACUUCUUGUAUCCAAGGCUAAACAGCGCGAUCGCCGAGCUGGCGUUGACGAAGUGGUGUAUUUAAUUCCUGAAUUAUGUAGAUCCACAGGAAUCAAUGAUAACAUGAGAAAAAAUUUCAAACUCAUGAGUGCUCUAGCAAAAUUCACCAGAGUUUCACCUUUUGAUCGAAUGAAGAAACUUGCUGCAUUCAAUCAAAGGCUUUACAGUGUUCCUAACGUUGUACAAGAAUUACGUAGUUGGAACUUGACACUUGAUAGAAAUCUGGUUGACUUAACUGGUAGAGUUCUACCAACUGAUGAAAUCAUAUUCCCCAAUGCUAAGGUAAAAAUUAAUCCAGAUGCCAAAUGGACUAAUCAAAUGCGAGACAAAGUAAUGUUGUCAUGUGGUAAACUUGAUAACUGGGCUCUUAUUGUACCUGAAAGAGCAAAACAAGGUUUACAGCAAUUUGUCCAAGCUCUUACUAGAGUAGCAGGUGCCAUGAACUUCAUAAUUGGACAACCUCGUGUCUAUGAUAUAAGAGACGACAAUCCUGGCACGUAUGCAGAUUGCUUGGAUUAUAUUACUAGCAAAAGCAGUCCAAUGCUGAUAUGCUGUGUGGUACUUUCUAAUCGAUUAGAUCGUUACACAGCUAUUAAGAAGAAGUGUUGCGUAGAUAAACCUGUACCUACCCAAGUUCUCAUCAAAAAGAGUACAGAUCCUGGCAAAUCAAUGAUGUCCAUUGCAACUAAAGUUGCCAUUCAAAUGAAUUGUAAAAUUGGUGGAAUUCCUUGGUCUAUAUCAAUUCCCUUAAAUGGAUUGAUGGUCGUGGGUUUUGAUGUGUGCCAUGAUGCUGGUAGCAGAGAUAAAGAUUUUGGUGCCAUGGUAGCUUCAUUGGAUGCCAAUUUUGGCAGAUACUACAGUGCAGUUUCUAGUCAUACAAAUGGCGAAGAACUUUCAAAUGAUUUAUCAGUGAAUCUAUGCAAGGCUCUGGAGGUAUAUAAACGCUACAACGCAUCUCUACCCAAACGAAUUUUGAUUUAUAGAGAUGGUGUUGGAGAAGGGCAAAUACACUUUGUUGUUCAACAUGAAGUGGCUCAAAUAAAAGCCAAAUUGGAAAGGAUCUACGAACGACCUGAAAAUGUUAAACUAGGAUAUGUUGUCGUAACAAAAAAGAUCAAUACCAGGUUAUUUGCCAAAGAAGGAAGUGGAAACCCACUUCCAGGAACUAUAGUUGAUGAUGUUGUCACAGAUCCUACUAAGUAUGACUUUUUAAUAGUCGCUCAACACGUAACUCAAGGUACGGUUACACCUACGUCGUACAACGUAAUUGAAGAUACCACUGGCCUUGAUGCUGAUAAAUUACAAAGGAUCACAUAUAAAUUGUGUCAUUUGUACUUUAAUUGGAGUGGAACAGUCCGUGUACCUGCUCCCUGCCAAUAUGCUCAUAAAUUAGCAUUUUUGGUAUCUCAAGCCAUUCAUACUUCACCAAGUACAACCUUAGAAACACUUUUAUACUUUUUAUAAACUUCAUAAUAAUCUGUAUCUAAAUGAUACUCAUUUUUAUUCAUUUUAAUUAUUUUAGUUUUAUUAGUUUUAUUAUUCUUGAAAUAUUUAUUUCAAAAAGAGUAUAAAAGCCAUUGUACUUCGGAAGUUUGUUCUACUUAUCUUUUGUUUAGAUUAUCAUAGCUUCUCCAAAAGUAGAUUAAUCUUGUUUUCACUGAAGUUUAAAUAAUGUUUAUUUAUUUUUAAAUAUUGUAAUGAUUUUAUUAAAAGUUGUAACUGUAAAUCGAUAUGACUAAAUGUUGAUUUACAUAAUACUGUAAAUCAAACUAUUUACUCAUUCGUUUAAUUGAUCUCUGAAAAGAUGAGUAUUUAAAUUUAUUUUUUUCACUUGCUUAAAAACUGUAUCUAAUUUAAGUUUCACAAUCUUGCAAUCAAAAAAAAUUUAGAAAGUUUAUGUUAACCUUUUUCGAAGUUCUCUUUUUUAAUAUUUUACUUUAACUCCAUGUGAAAUAAUUGAAAAAUAACCAUUGUUUUUUUUUUUUCUAUAAUUUAUGGAGUAUUGUAGUCUAAGGUUGAUUUGGAUCAACUGAAAUGUAAACAAGUCCUCAGUUAUAAUAAAAGUACAUAAAUUUUAUUUUCAUUCCUAA